AUGGCAAAGCAGACCGACGUUGAGACAAACGAGCGCGCAGCCGCCUGGAUUCCCUGGCUUACUUGGCUAUUGGAGCACGCAGAAACCGUCACACCGGAGGUCAAUGACACCAAGAGCUCACCAACCACUAAGGAAGGUGGUGAAAGCGAGUGCGCCGACGACAGUACCGUAGAUUGGGUUUAUGUCGACCCCUAUGACACCGAAUGCGGCACACUGCCGCGAGAGUGCAUGGACCCAGACUUUUUGAUCUGGGUCAACUCUGAAGGGCGUCAUCUCAUGGAGGAUGACCCAGAGGCAAUUAGGGGUGUUACUGAGGCUCUUCGUGGACUAGACAGGGAUCGAGCUGCUGCUGUUCGCAGACUGAUCCAGGAGCGGUGGAAGAAGGCUGCGGCCGUUUACAAGGAACAGGCACAAGAGGCCAAGGACAAGCCUAAGAAGACCGAAAAGGAGCCCGCCAAGGAUGUCACUCAAGAUGAGUGGACGUCCAAGAAUCUCAUUUUCCCCAAGCUUAGCUUUUGA